AUGGGAUGCGCGUCGAGCGCGCCGAGCGCGCCCGCGGGCGCGACCGCGGGGGCGACGCCCGUGAAGGCGAAUUCGUCGACGAAGGGGAAGCGGCGAGGGAAAGCGACGACGUCGGACGUCGCGCUCGCGGUGGCGAAACCGAUGAAACUGACGAUCGCGUCGAGCGAUCCGGCGGCGGCGUACGAUGAUAUCGAACAGCUCGGCGCGGGUGGGUUCUCGGUGGUGCGACGGGUGCGGUGCAAGGCGACGCAGAAGACGUACGCGAUGAAGAUCAUCGGCGUGCGAGAGAACGACGAGGAACCGGGGACGAAGAGCGACGAAGGGAAGGAACGGAUGUCGAUCGGUGAGGUGGCGAAUGAGGUGGAUAUCUUAAAGGUGCUGCGAUCGGAGAGCGUGUUGAGAUUGCACGAAGCGUCGCGGUUUGGUGACAAGGUGUACGUGGUGACGGAGCUGUUGCAGGGCGGGGCGGUUCUGGACGCGAUUUUGCGGAUGAAGGACGAGCGAUACACGGAGAAGGAGGCCAAGGUCGUGAUUCAGCGUACACUUCUCGCGGUGGAUUACAUGCACAAGAGUUUUGUGCUUCAUCGAGACUUGAAGCUGGAGAACUUGUUGCUUCGAUCAAACGACCAGUUGGACAGCGUCGUCGUGGCGGAUUUCGGUCUGGCGCUUCGGUGCGAGAACGCCACCGGUGCGGCAUCACUGCCGCACAACUCAUCGGUGGACACCGCCCCGGUCGGAACACCCGUGUACGCCGCUCCGGAGGUUGUCGAGCAAAAAUCGUACGGCGCUGCCAUCGAUAUUUGGUCCGUCGGUGUCAUCGCGUACGUGCUGCUCACGGGGGCCAUGCCGAGAAGUUUGUGGAAGAGUGCGCUCAAGUAUCGACGCGUGAACGAACGUGACUUUGGCUUCGAUUGCUACGAAUGGGAUAGCGUCAGCAGCGCCGGUCGGGAGUUCGUGAUGUCGUGUCUGGCUUUCAAGCCCGGACAUCGUUUGAGCGCGACGCACUGCCUCAACCAUCCUUGGAUGCAAAAGAUUGAAACUGUCCGCCCCGCACCGCUUCGUAUCAAGUCGAAGCUUCGUGACAUGGCCAAGGGUAUGAAACUGCCGUUGAAGCGGUACGCACCGGGCGACGUACUCAUCUCCCAGGGCGCGCGCGCUUCGGACGAGGUUUUCCUCAUAAAGUCGGGCACGGUGGGAAUCUUCGUGAGUCCGGUGGACAAUGAUGGAAACGUGAAGCGAGACGAAAGUAGAAAAGUGGCACAGCGGGAGCCCGGGGAGUUUAUCGGUGAAAUGGCUCUCGGAGAGCACAUCAUCGCCAAGACGUUAUCGAGCAAAAAGCAACUUGCGCCGGCGGCUAUCAACGCCAUUUUAGCGAAGGGUCCGCCAAAGAGAAGGAAAAAUGAGUCGGUUUCCCUGAAACAAUGGGCAACCGCGCGAGUUUACGCCAAAAAGUGGAUCGGUGGUCGUAGAAACGCCGAUGUCAUCGCCGAAACCAACGUGGAGUGCCUCAUCAUGGGUCGACGAGAGAUGGCGUGGGCCGUCGCGGCCGACCCCGAGGUCGCGGCCGAGCUUCGCCGCAACAUGUCUCAGCGCCGAUUGGAGCUGAGCUCUAAAGAAUAA